AUGGCGUCAAUUAUGAUGUUGAUUGCAGUUGUGCUGUCCUGUGUGUAUCUGAGCUCCGCUACCUACCUUCCUCCCUGCGGCCCCCCUGAUGCUCCAGGUUACGGAAGUUUCUACCCUCAGAAAAACUUCUACUCAAUCGGAAAGGUUGUUAGAUUCUCUUGCAGAGAUGGCUUUUUGCUGAAAGGAUACAGUUUCACCAAAUGUAUCUACAGCCAGAGCCUAAGAAAAGCAGUGUGGAAGUUUGACACUCCAGUUUGCAAGCGUAUCACGUGUCCUGACCUUAUCGAUCCCCGAUAUGGAGAUGUAGACGUGACUGGAAAUACACCUGGAUCAAAAGCAACCUAUACCUGUGACAGAGGAUUCACCCUCGUGGGCAGCUCUACAGCAAAAUGCCAGCUCAACGGGAAAUGGUCCAGUGUUCCACCUGUUUGUAAACCAAUCUUCUGCCCCAAACUGACUCCCCCUGCAUAUGGUGCUGUGAAUGAUGGUAACAAUCGUGUUGGAACCAAGGCAGUAUACACCUGUAACGAUGGUUUUGAAAUAAGUGGGCAGAGCUCUAGGAAAUGUCAGCUGGAUGGUACAUGGAGUGGAAAAGCCCCAACUUGCAUAUUGAUCAAAUGCCCUAAUCUUGAGGAUCCAGAGAAUGGAUCUGUGGAUGAUGGAGACAAUCUGCCAGGAACCAUAGCAAAAUACACCUGUGAAGAUGGAUUCAGGUUAGUGGGAUCCAGCAAGAGACCCUGUCAGAAGGAUGGCAGCUGGGCUGGAGAGGCACCUAUCUGCAAACGGAUCAGAUGCCCUGCGUUGAAGGAUCCAGAGAAUGGAUCUGUGGAUGAUGGAGAUAAUCUGCCAGGAACCAUAGCAAAGUACACCUGUGACGAUGGAUUCAGGUUGGUGGGAUCCAGCAAGAGACUCUGUCAGAAGGACGGCAGCUGGGCUGGAGAGGCACCUAUCUGCAAACGGAUCAGAUGCCCUGCGUUGAAGGAUCCAGAGAAUGGAUCUGUGGAUGAUGGAGAUAAUCUGCCAGGAACCAUAGCAAAGUACACCUGUGACGAUGGAUUCAGGUUGGUGGGAUCCAGCAAGAGACUCUGUCAGAAGGACGGCAGCUGGGCUGGAGAGGCACCUAUCUGCAAACGGAUCAGAUGCCCUGCGUUGAAGGAUCCAGAGAACGGAUCUGUAGAUGAUAGAGACAAUCUUCCAGGAACCAUAGCAAAGUACACCUGUGACGAUGGAUUCAGGUUGGUGGGAUCUAGCAAGAGACCCUGUCAGAAGGACGGCAGCUGGGCUGGAGAGGCACCUAUCUGCAAACAGAUCAGAUGCCCUGCGUUGAAGGAUCCAGAGAACGGAUCUGUGGAUGAUGGAGACAAUCUUCCAGGAACCAUAGCAAAGUACACCUGUGAUGAUGGAUUCAGGUUGGUGGGAUCUACCAAGAGACUCUGUCAGAAGGACGGCAGCUGGGCUGGAGAGGCACCUAUCUGCAAACAGAUCGAAUGCCCUGCAUUGAAGGAUCCAGAGAACGGAUCUGUGGAUGAUGGAGACAAUCUGCCAGGAACCAUAGCAAAGUACACCUGUGACGAUGGAUUCAGGUUGGUGGGAUCUAGCAAGAGACCCUGUCAAAAGGACGGCAGCUGGGCUGGAGAGGCACCUAUCUGCAAACAGAUCAGAUGCCCUGCAUUGAAGGAUCCAGAGAAUGGAUCUGUGGAUGAUGGAGACAACCUGCCAGGAACCAUAGCAAAGUACACCUGUGACGAUGGAUUUAGGUUGGUGGGAUCCAGCAAGAGACCUUGUCAGAAGGACAGCAGCUGGGCUGGAGAGGCACCUAUCUGCAAACAGAUCAGAUGCCCUGCGUUGAAGGAUCCAGAGAACGGAUCUGUGGAUGAUGGAGACAACCUGCCAGGAACCAUAGCAAAGUACACCUGUGACGAUGGAUUUAGGUUGGUGGGAUCUAGCAAGAGACUCUGUCAGAAGGACGGCAGCUGGGCUGGAGAGGCACCUAUCUGCAAACAGAUCGAAUGCCCUGCAUUGAAGGAUCCAGAGAACGGAUCUGUGGAUGAUGGAGACAAUCUGCCAGGAACCAUAGCAAAGUACACCUGUGACGAUGGAUUCAGGUUGGUGGGAUCUAGCAAGAGACCCUGUCAAAAGGACGGCAGCUGGGCUGGAGAGGCACCUAUCUGCAAACAGAUCAGAUGCCCUGCAUUGAAGGAUCCAGAGAAUGGAUCUGUGGAUGAUGGAGACAACCUGCCAGGAACCAUAGCAAAGUACACCUGUGACGAUGGAUUUAGGUUGGUAGGAUCCAGCAAGAGACCUUGUCAGAAGGACGGCAGCUGGGCUGGAGAGGCACCUAUCUGCAAACAGAUCAGAUGCCCUGCGUUGAAGGAUCCAGAGAACGGAUCUGUGGAUGAUGGAGACAACCUGCCAGGAACCAUAGCAAAGUACACCUGUGACGAUGGAUUUAGGUUGGUGGGAUCUAGCAAGAGACUCUGUCAGAAGGACGGCAGCUGGGCUGGAGAGGCACCUAUCUGCAAACAGAUCGAAUGCCCUGCAUUAAAGGAUCCAGAGAACGGAUCUGUGGAUGAUGGAGACAAUCUGCCAGGAACCAUAGCAAAGUACACCUGUGACGAUGGAUUCAGGUUGGUGGGAUCUAGCAAGAGACCCUGUCAAAAGGACGGCAGCUGGGCUGGAGAGGCACCUAUCUGCAAACAGAUCAGAUGCCCUGCAUUGAAGGAUCCAGAGAAUGGAUCUGUGGAUGAUGGAGACAACCUGCCAGGAACCAUAGCAAAGUACACCUGUGACGAUGGAUUUAGGUUGGUGGGAUCCAGCAAGAGACCUUGUCAGAAGGACGGCAGCUGGGCUGGAGAGGCACCUAUCUGCAAACAGAUCAGAUGCCCUACGUUGCAGGAUCCAGAGAAUGGAUCUGUGGAUGAUGGAGACAAUCUGCCAGGAACCAUAGCAAAGUACACCUGUGACGAUGGAUUCAGGUUGGUGGGAUCCAGCAAGAGACUCUGUCAGAAGGACGGCAGCUGGGCUGGAGAGGCACCUAUCUGCAAAGCUAUCAUCUGUCCUAAGCUGGAUGACCCUGAGGAUGGUCAGGUGACAGUCACUGGUCUAACUCCGUCCUCCACUGCCGAAUAUUCUUGUAACAAGGGAUUCAAGUUGUUUGGAACGGCUUGGAGGAAGUGCCAGGUCAACGGAGAGUGGUCUGGAGAAGCACCUACUUGUAAACGUGUGGAUUGUGGCCGUCCACCCAAACCAAGCUACGGAAUUGUCAAGUUCUGGACCACUACACCUGGUUCCAAAGCAUUCUACGGCUGUUUUAAUGGCUACCGGCUGAGUGGUUACGCAGUUCGAUUUUGCCAGGGUAACGGUUACUGGUCUGGACGUACUCCAUCAUGUACGAGGAGGCAUUAUUAGGACUCGCGAUCUACUGAACCACAUCUAAGAACUAAGAACUUUUAAGAACAUAGUACAUAACUAGUGAUAAACAAUCUUUUGCUAUACAGUGAUUGAUGUUUAUGAAACUGAUUGUAAAUUGUCAAUUUAAUUGAGACAUGCCGUUAUUGUGAUUGCUAA